GUUUGGAUCCACCUGGCCUCUGCCCCGAGGGGCCCAGGCUUAGUGAGGGAGUCUUACAGACAUGGAUUUAGAUGCUGUUACAAAGCAGUCAGCAUUACAUGCCAAGCCUGAUGGACUCACUCUUCAAUAUGGGACUGCUGGAUUUCAAACGAAAGCAGAACAUCUUGAUCAUGUCAUGUUUCGAAUGGGAUUAUUAGCUGUCCUGAGGUCAAAACAGACCAAAUCCACUAUAGGAGUCAUGGUAACAGCAUCACACAAUCCUGAGGAGGACAAUGGUGUAAAAUUGGUUGAUCCUUUGGGUGAAAUGUUGGCACCGUCCUGGGAGGGGCAUGCCACCUGUUUGGCAAACGCCGAGGAACAAGAUUUGCUGAGAGUGUUGGUGGACAUCAGCGAGAAAGCAGCUGUGAAUCUGCACCAAGAUGCCUUCGUGGUGAUCGGUAGAGAUACCAGGCCCAGCAGUGAGAAACUUUCACAGUCUGUAAUAGACGGUGUGACUGUUUUAGGAGGUCAAUUCCAUGAUUAUGGCUUGUUGACGACACUCCAGCUGCACUACAUGGUGUACUGUCGAAAUACCAGUGGCCGGUAUGGAAAGGCAACCAUAGAAGGUUACUACCAGAAACUCUCUACAGCCUUCGUGGAACUUACCAAACAGGCCUUCUGCAGUGGAGAUGACCAAAGAACACUUAAGGUUGACUGUGCGAAUGGCAUAGGGGCCCUGAAGCUGAGAGAAAUGAAACACUACUUCUCCCAGGGGCUGUCGGUUCAGCUGUUUAACGAUGGGACCAAAGGGAAGCUCAAUCAUUUAUGUGGGGCUGACUUUGUGAAAAGUCAUCAGAAACCUCCUCAGGGAAUCGAAAUGAAGUCCAAUGAAAGGUGCUGUUCCUUCGACGGAGACGCGGACAGAAUAAUAUACUACUACCAUGACGCAGAUGGUCAGUUCCGUCUCGUGGACGGAGACAAGGUAGCAGCACUCAUUAGCAGUUUCCUUAAGGAACCCCUGUUGGAGAUUGGAGACAGUUUGAGUCUUGGUGUCGUACAAACUGCAUAUGCCAAUGGAAGUUCAACACGGUACCUGGAAGAAGUUAUGAAGGUACCUGUCUAUUGUACUAAAACUGGUGUAAAACAUCUGCAUCACAAGGCUCAGGAGUUUGACAUUGGAGUUUAUUUUGAAGCAAACGGGCAUGGCACAGUACUGUUUAGUAAAGCUGCUAAAAUGAAGAUAAAACAACUAGCAAAAGAAUUAGAAGAAGAUAAGAAAAGGAAAGCUGCUAAGAUGCUUGAAAAUGUGAUUGACUUGUUUAACCAGGCAACUGGUGAUGCUAUUUCUGACAUGCUGGUGAUUGAGGCAAUCUUGGCUCUGAAGGGCUUGACGGUACAGCAGUGGGACGCCCUCUAUACAGAUCUUCCAAACAGACAGCUCAAAGUUAAGGUUGCAGACAGGCAAGUUAUUAGCACCACAGAUGCUGAAAGACAAGCAGUUAAACCUCCAGGACUCCAGGAGGCCAUCAAUGAGCUGGUGAAGAAGUACAGGCUUUCUCGCGCUUUUGUCCGGCCCUCUGGUACAGAAGACAUAGUCCGAGUCUAUGCAGAAGCGGACUCGCAGGAAAAUGCGGACAGCCUUGCAUAUGAAGUGAGCUUGGCAGUAUUUCAGCUGGCUGGAGGGGUUGGAGAAAGACCUCAACCAGGUUUCUGAGGACAAUUUUUAUAUGUUUUAGAAACUAGAUUUUUAAAAACUUUUUACAGGAUAAUAGUACUGCCAUUAUUGUGACAGGUUCAAACACAUUUAUAAUCAUAAAUGUUUAGUCUGCAUCUUACUGGAUUAUUUCUAGAUCUGAUUAUUUUUCUUAAACAAACACUACCAGAAUCAUUCUUUAGAAAUAGGUAAGCUCUUAUACUUGUUAGUUUUUUUAAAAAACUGAAAUUUACCUCUAAUAUCAAUCACACUAAUGUAAAACAUUGGAGCUUAAGUAUAUGAUUCAGUCAUUAACUUUAUAAUAUAUGCAAGGAAAAAUUCAUGAAGGCUGCUGGAAAAUUAAACUUUAUUUAU